AUGUCCUACUUGCUCAUCUUGCUGAUGAUUCUCCCGUGGGUCACUGUAUGCCGCCAAUGGGACGAAUCGACGAAGGAGCUCGACGCCAACGAUAUAAUGGAAAGGGUUCUUGAUGCAAACAAAUGCGAUAUUGCACAGUUGGAAGCGCUCAAGAAAUUGUUCACUGACAAGCUGCGUCAGUUCUCUUGUCGAUGCGGUCAUGUGAACUGCGAAUAUACGGAGGAGCGUCGUAAGGCUGAACUGCUGCGAGUGGGCACACAAAUAGCUGUCGAUUCUCGGCUCAGGUCUGGCUCCAUGAUCUCAAGCUCAAGUAGCGAUGGAAGCGACGAGAUGCAUUCAAAGCGAUACGACGCCGCGAUGAGAAAGGUCAAUCCAAAACUUCAUCGCAAAAUGAUGGAAUAUCGCGAAAUUCGAAAAAGAAUAAAAGACAAGGCCGCAUUAGAUUUCAUUAAGUUUCUCUUCGAUAUCGCUCGAAAGUCUCGCCAUAAUGAAAUCGAACAACCCCAACAAACCAAAGCG